UUCCAGGCACCAUCGCUGCUCGUGUAGUCAGACUUGAUUAGAUUUAACGUUUUCAUGUUUUCAGUCAUAUAAUCUUUGUUUGGGAAAAACACGGACGAACUCAAGGGGACAGUGAGCGAGUUUGCCGCCCAAGUUUGGAGACCAGACGCCGGCUGGAGAGCGCCUGGUGCGCGCUUUAAUUACAACCACAACAACACACCGAGGCGAUUAUUAAGAGGAUUUGAAGAUGAAUGUCACGGGCGUUUUUUGCAAAAACAACCAAACAGAGAACGUGACUGACCCGUUAUGUUUGAAUUCAACUCACUCAUCCUACAACUACAUCAACAUCACCACUUUCAUGCACAUAUUCCCUUCAAUUUAUGGCAUCCUGUGUUCAGUGGGAGUUAUAGCCAAUGGACUGGUCAUCUACGCAGUGAAAGCAUGCAAGAAGAAAAUGGUAUCUGACAUCUACGUGCUGAACUUGGCAAUAGCCGACAUGCUGUUCUUGCUUGUGAUGCCCUUCAACAUUCACCAGCUGGUCAGAGACAGACAGUGGGUCUUUGGAAACUUCAUGUGCAAAGCGGUCGUAGUGGUGGACGUCAGCAACCAGUUUACCACAGUGGGAAUUGUUACUGUGUUGUGCAUUGACCGGUACAUAGCUAUUGUCCACCCCACGUCAGAGAAGAGGACCAUCCAGUGGACCAUCAUCAUCAACCUGCUGGUGUGGCUGGGCAGCUUCCUCCUUACCGUCCCUGUCAUGCUGUACGCCAAGGUUGUGCGCAGACAGCAUUUGGAGAUGUGCAUGAUGUACCUGGACGGCCCUGAGGAUAUGUACUGGUACACUCUCUACCAGUCUAUCCUGGGCUUCAUCAUUCCUCUCAUCAUCAUCAGCACCUUCUACUCACUCACCCUCUACCACGUCUUCAGCUCUAUCCGCCGCGUCAAACGGAAGCAGUCGAUUUGGGCUAAAAGAGCCACAAAGAUGGUCCUAAUGGUUAUCGGCCUGUUCCUCAUCUGCUGGUCGCCCUACCACGUCAUUCAGGUGGUCAACCUGACCAACAACACCCCGACUAUCGCCUUUGUCUAUGCCUACAACAUCAGUAUCUGCCUCAGCUACUCCCACAGCUGCAUCAACCCGCUCAUGUUGCUCAUCUUCGCCCAGAAUUACCGCGAGCGUCUGUGCUCCAGGAACGUGCUGCACAGCUCCCAGCACUCAUCCAAGGGCACAGUGGUGAAAACGGAUGGUUCCAGUACGACCAAUGAGCCCAACUACCGCUGCACUGUCAUCUAAUCAGAGAGGUGUCUUUUUGUAUAUACUGUACACAUUUUGAUGUAAAUGCUGCUCGCCCCCAAAAGGAUGUAGCUUGAUCAAUGGUGUUGCCUGUCAGGCCAUAUUCUGCAGCUUUUCCCAAUUCAAAAAACAUUCAAAAAACUGGGCAGAAAUCACUCACUCACCAGCGCUUUAUGUUGUUAUUUAUUUUUAUUUAUUCCUUCUCCUCCUACAACAUCAUAGGCACAGCCAAGCCCGCCUGAGGAAUCACACAUGUGCUUAAUGUCAACCCACUUGCUCACUCUUUCAUCUGCUCAUUCCUUUACUUUACAUAUUUGUCUUCUCUACACCUACUUACAUAUUUAUUUACCCAUCCCAAUUUCUCCUGUCCUCAUUUAUUGAUCAAAUUGUCUAUUGUUGCCUUUCUGGAUCUUUUAUUUUUAUUUUACUUUAUUAAAUAAUUGAUUUCCCCUAUAGUUUCAUUAUCUCCGCCUCCCAAUUAUGGCUAAUCAAAAUAAAUUCAACAACCGGCUCACUCCCAAGAGUUUGGGGGCAGGUUCUGAAAGGGGCCACAGGUAUCUGUAAUGGGUGCGGGCCCUCCACAGGGUCCCCCCAUGGUGCCAUAGAUGGAACGCAGAGGUGCCAUAACACUUAUUUAGUUCGUUGCAAUUUUAAGUGUAUUUGGUUCCUUCUCUUUUUCUCCUUCCUCUUUGUCUUUUCUCUUUCAGUCAUAAAUAUACACACACUCAUACACACACAUACAGUAUAUACACACACACGUAUAACUGGCUUCCAUAUAUUUUUAUUUUUGUUUUAUUUCCCUGUUCCUCCAUGUGCGCAUUAUUGGAUGUGUUAACCUUUGUCCUCUGUCUAUUUCUAUGUAUUUUAUGUCUCAACCUCUGUGUUUGUGUACUGUCCCUUUGGACCAAAAAAAAAAAAAAAAAAAAUGGUUUCAACAGGAAAUCUAAGAAAAAGGAAACAGAUUACUGCUCAGCAAAAGCUCCCUUUAUUUAGCCGGCACGCUAAAAAGGAAAGCAACGGUUUCUGAGACAAAACUAGAAGGAAUAUCAGCACAGACUUUCAAAGAUGCACAGAUAAGAAGGGACGCUGAGGAGCGACUCAGGUGUAAACCGUUUUCCUUUUGGACUGGGAGCUAUCAUUAACCUUUACCAACCACAGGCUACAUCCAGUGUCAUGCUGGUUAGUGACAAGACUGAUGAAGUGCAGCUUGUGAGAUCUGUCACUGACAUUAGCAUGGUUAAGUGUAAAAUGUUUGGAAGAGUUGUUUAUCUCCACCCACUGGGACGUCUUCACUCAAAAUACUUUCUAAUAAGAGACCCUUUAUGAAAGGCUUAUAAGUUGUAACCAAUGGCUUUAAUAAUGGUUGAUAAAUAAUGUACUAAUGCUUUAUAGAUAGUUAUAAGGAUGUAAAAGAAUCUCAUUGGCUGGUGUUUAUUCUUUCUAUUUUGUAAGAAUGCAUUUAUGAAUAUUGAUCCAAUAAUAAAUGCUCAGUUAUUAAUAAUAA